AUGAAUGAGUGGUUUCUGCAGCGCCAUCUGGACCUCGAAUGGACGACUGCCUGUCUUCACGGCAACGACGAGGCGGAAGCUGCUCAAGUCCUGACACUCAACAUCAAGGCCAUCGACGGCAACCCUAUUGACCCGCCAUCUGGUUUCACCGUUUCCUACAAGCAGCACACGUCGCCCCCGUCGCUGCUCAGGCUCGAGUCCACCCCCAACCCUUCGGCGACCGACAAGGACGUAGCUGAAUCUUGGCGCGAGCCGCCCCAGGCCCUGCGUCUCGCGCUAUCCGAGAAGCCCGCCGAGCCUGUGUCGGAAGCCCCAGACUUCGAGUCCUUGGAGGACCAAAUCCGCCAGCUCAAAGACCUCGAGAGCGAACUGGAAGCACUCAAGUCUUUGGUCGCCGAGAAAAAGGCGCACAUCAGGCUCCAGUUCCGUUUGCUACUGAAAAACGAAGUGCACAAGGUCGCGCAAGAACUGGGUAAAUGCCACAGCAUCUCGUGCGUCUUCAAAACCAUUGUCCAAAAAGUCCACGGCGUGUGGGAAGUAGCAUACAUCCGGCUCAAAUCGGAUCAAGGAGCGGAAGAGAUGGGAAAUCCAGAGCAUGAGUUUGCUCAGGCGCAUACGCAUGUGGCACAGGCGACGACACGUGUUUCCGAAAACCACUUGAGCGACACACCAUCGGCCCCCCAACCAUACGUAGCAGUAGCAGCUGAACUUGCGUCCCGACCGACCAAAGAGUCUCCUUUUGUCGUGGCUCUGGAGAUUACCCUGACCAUCCUCUGUUGCGGCUGUCUUUUCGCUGCAAUCCGCCACAAAUGCAGCAGCCUUCGCACCCGCACUGAGCGCGCCGCUGCUCGCGAAGAACGAAACAAUGCUCGUGCCUAUCGCCGUGCUGCUCGCCACCAUGCAUGGAGCACAUGGUGGCGGAACCGAUGGCGCGGCAACUGGGCACAGCGCGACAGCCAGCGCAUUUUCGACUACGAAGAGAAGAGAGCACUUAUAUGCGAACAGGAAAGUAUCCUUGAGGACGCCAUGCAAGAAGAGAUUCGGCAGCUGAGGGCGGCGCAUGAUGUCGUCAAUGAUCUUGUGAGGGAUGCCGAAGAAGGCCGAGCCAUUAAUCACGCUCGCACUCGCGCGCCCUCUUCGCCCUUGUCAACCACCUCAACAUAUCCGCCCACGUCGCUGCCCGAAAUUCCGUCAAGGCCCCUGUCACGAACUGAAAGCCUACCAAGCUACCGCUCCGACACGCCCACGGAACCGCCUGGCUAUGAUUCAGACCGUGACAUGUCCGAGGUUGUAGCAAAUGGCUUCCGCCAAUACGCCGCCGCCUCAACGACGUCCGAAGCGAGCUCGCACUGGACACCCGAUAGUAGCGUUGUCGACGUGAGCCCUCGGCCUAGCGCAGAAACUCUUCGGUACCCCGUGAGCAUUCUCACCCUGGACGAGCAGGAGUCGGACGUCGACUGAAGACUUCAUAUCUGACCAUCUGACGUACAUUGUUUUGCCUUCAAUUAUUCCCCAUAUGUGUCGUCGCACAAUGGCAUCUUGAGCCAUUUUUGUCAUCACAUAAAAACCAUUUUUCCAUGUUAGCGUUUUGCAGGUUCGGCGUUGUCGGGGGUACCUUUCACACUGCGCCCUGUCGCUUUUUUGAUCCCGCCGAGUAGUCUGAGGACACUACCCACUAAUACUUGUUCGGUCCUCGUGUACAAUAUUUCCGAUUUAUCGUUUUGUGCGCAUAUCACCGGGAACCAGAUAUUCAGCUUGCUACAGAGCCAGCGCCUUUUGUAAGUUGGGGGCGCACAACUGUCGGCAAGACUCAUCUAUCUGUAUUGCAUGCAGCAGAUAUACAUAAAUAUCCAGAUAUC